GUGACAGGCAAAAUAGCGUAGACAGGUCGUAACCCUAAAAUCCAUCUCCUGAGAUAAAAUAUCCUUUCAUCAUCUCGAUCGAACUCGCGUCUCAUUCAUUUCUCUCUCAUCUUCAUCCCCACCCACUUCUUCACUCCCGCGCUUCGAUUUCACACCUUAUUAUGGCCGAAGAAGAAGUUAUUGUUGCACCCGCUCAAAGCCCCGUCCCAUCCGAUGGUAAGCGCAAGUUCGAAGAUCUGCACUCUGAACCCACCGAACAACAGCCUCUCGAAUCUAACACCGACGGUGGUGAAACCGACGCCGCAGUUGCCGACGAGGGCGAGAACAAGCGCCCUCGCCUUGACGACGAUAAUCAGAAUGACCUAGCUAAUACUAAUGGACAUCAAGAACCGAAGGAAAAUGAUGCAACUUUGGAGAAUAGUCCUUCGGAGGCAGUUCAAGAUGUAUCCAAAGGUGAUUUAGAAGAAAUUGCCAAGGAACAAACUUCUAGUGAAGAGGAUCCUGUUGAGGAUGCUGAAGAGGAUCCUGUUGAGGAUGCCGAAGAGGAGGAUCCCGUCGAGGAUGCCGAAGAGGUUCCUGUCGAGGACUCUAAAGAGAUUCCUGUUGAAGACUCUGAACAAGAAAAAGAAAAGGAGCCCUCUAAGGAAACUGAACAACCAUUUAAGGAGGCUAAUGAGAAAGAUACUUCUGGAGACAAACAACCUGAUUCCAGUUCUAUUGAUCCCGCCUUGCAAAAUCAAAAUGCUUCUUCUGGACCAAAGCAACCUAUAUCUGGGUCUGACACAACGACAAGAAGAAUUGAAGUUCCUAGCAAUAAGGUUGGUGUACUUAUUGGCAAGUCCGGUGAUACUAUACGGUACCUGCAGUUUAAUUCAGGUGCAAAGAUCCAGAUUACGAGGGAUGCUGAAGCUGAUCCCCACUCUUCGACAAGGCCUGUGGAAUUAAUAGGAACUGUGGAAAGUAUAGAGAAGGCCGAAAAGCUAAUGAAUGCUGUGAUUGCUGAGGCUGAUGCUGGAGGUUCCCCUGCACUUGUUGCUAGAGGCCUCUCCCCAGCUCAGGCUAUAGUGGGAUCUGAUCAAGUUCAGAUUCAAGUUCCAAACGAGAAGGUAGGAUUAAUCAUUGGGAAAGGUGGGGAAACAAUUAAGAGCCUACAGACCAAAACUGGGGCACGCAUCCAGGUAUUGAUUCCUCAACACCUUCCCGAGGGCGACGAAUCUAAAGAAAGGACUGUCCAAGUUACUGGUGAUAAGAGGCAAAUUGAAAUUGCUCAAGAAAUGAUAAAGGAAGUCUUGACUCAGCCUAUCAGGUCAUCAACAGGUGGUUCUGGCCAGCAGGCUUACCGUCCGCCUAGAGGAUCUGGUGGCCCACCUCAAUGGGGUCAGCGAGGCUCACAUUAUGGCCACCCGCAAUCGUACGACUAUCAACACCGCGGGCCAUAUCCUUCUCACAAUCAAUCAUAUGCUCCUACUCCUUAUGGUAAUUAUCCUCAACAUAUGGCUCCAAGGAGCAGUUAUGGUUCUGGUUGGGAGCAAAGGCCUCACCAGAGUAUGCAGGGGCCACCCUCACAUAAUGGUGGUUAUGAUUAUUACGGCGGACAAGGGGGUCAUUCAUCUGAGGCUCCAUCAUCUGCGCAGCAUCCCAGUUUAGUCCCCCAGCAUGGUACCGGCCCAUCUCCUUUACCCUCCAUGGGCCCAUCACCAGCUCAGAUGAAUUACAAUUAUGGACAGCCUCAGGGCCAGGAUUAUGGACAUCAGACACCUUAUCAGCAGGCAGGACAUCCUCAACAAGGUUAUGGACAAGGUUAUGAUGAAUCAAAGUAUGAAAACCGUGCCCCUGCACAAUAUCCUUAUGGAGGGCACCCAAAUUCUCAGCCAACCUAUCCUCAAGCCAGUGCUCAAGCGAAUUAUGCGCCUCAGCAGCAGUAUGGUAAGCCUCCAUUGUAUGGCAUGCCACCUUCACAAGGACAACAUCCUCAGUCCUAUGGCCACCCUAGAGCCACUCAACCUGGAGAAAUUCAGUAUCAGGGUUCUACUCCAGCACAAUCAUAUGGCACAGUGCAACAACCAUAUCCUUAUGCAUCAUCUGGGCCGUCACAAGCAGCAUAUCCCACAUAUGGGUCCGCCCCAGCUGCAGAUGGUUACAGUCACCCUCAAUCUGCUCCUGGACAAGCAUAUACCCAGCCAGGUGGACAGCCCAGUUAUGGGCAGCCAGGUGCUCAGCCCGCAGCCAGUUAUGCUCAAGUUGGUCCUACUGGUUAUGGAUCUUACCCAUCUUCUCAGCAGACUUACCCUGAACAGCCAGCCUCUAACAAUGCAGUUUAUGGUUACCAAGCGCCCCAAGAUCCUGCCUACAGCAGCGGGGCUGCACAAGCAUAUAGUGCAGCACCAACUGUGCAGCCAGGUUAUGUUCAACCGACACAAACUCAAGCUGGUUACGACCAAUCUAACCCACAACAAGCAGUUUAUGCGGCUGUACCAGCAGCAGGAACUGCUCCAGCUGCGUAUGGCAAGACAGUAUCACCUCAGCCUGCUUAUCCCCAAUAUGACUCCACCCAAGUUUAUGGCGCUCCUCGAUGAAUUGUAUUUUUUUGAUAUCGACGGCUUAUUUUAGUAUUAGCGUGUUCUAGAUCAUUGUCCUUUCUUAGUGUAACCUGCUCAUUUUCUUGUAAUAUGUACUGCAUUGAGUUGUGAACUUGAAUUCAAAAUUUUUGUUGUUGGAAAAAUUGAUGCGGUUUCUAGAUAUUAUUAUAUAGAAAUCCGCAGUCUUUUGUUUGAGCAGCAAAAGCUUUUAUAAAAGGAAUUGUAACUUUAAUGCUUUGCGGAAAUUUAUAUUACCAUCUUGUAACA